GUGUACAAUUCUGCAUUGAUGUAAAAAGUAAAAAGCCCCUAUGAGGCUCGUGGGGCUGCGUACACAGUGAAUUCCUUUCUCCACUCUCCAACUCUCACUCUACAACCAACUACGUACAAACUAAAGCGCCAGCCAUCGUCCCAUCGCGCCAUCUUCUAACCGUCUCAUCUCACUCGCAGAGUGGGAAAAUAAAUAUGCGCCCCCUCCUCCUAACAUUCGACGCGUUCAACACACUCUUCCAUCCCCGCCAACCCGUCCCAGUCCAAUACGCCGCCGCCGCCUCAUCAUUCAACGUCAACGUCUCUCCCUCCGCCCUCCAGUCCGCGUUCCGCGUGGCCUUCAAAACACAAUCUACAUCGCAUCCAAACUACGGCCGUGAUCUCGCUCUCCGUGGUGAAUAUGCUGGCCCACCACAAUGGUGGGGAGACGUGAUCCGUGGAAGCUUCGCACGCGCCCUUUCCGAGUCAGACGCUAACAAACCCCCAGCUCGGGAAACGGAGGGAAAUAAAUAUGAGGUUCCCGACGCACUUAUUCAGGAUCUACUCGAUCGGUUUGCAAGUGCAAGGGCUUAUAAAUUGUACGAUGAUGUGGGACCCUUCUUUCGGAAAGUAAGAGCGCAAUUAGAGGCAAGUCAAAGGGGGAGAAAGGUAGUUGUCGGCGUUGUUUCAAACUCGGAUGACCGCAUAUCGUCUGUCCUGGAAUCGUUGGGUGUUUCAGUGCGUGAUGCGAGGGCGGGCGAGGAGAAGACGAAACAGGGUCAUGAUUUACCGGGGUUUGAGGGCGAGAGGGAGAAGGCUACGCAGGCGAAAAGCGGUUCUAGUACCUUACAAGCCCAGGAAAGGAAGGAUCUCGACUUCAUCCUUACCAGCUACCAGGUGGGUGCGGAGAAGCCAGAUCCCUUGGUUUGGGAUGUGGCGCUGCGCACGGCGCGGCAGUUGCAUGCUGAAUCUGAGACUGGUGGUGAUGCAGGGGACUGGGAGCGUAUUCACGUAGGUGACGAUUACGGCAAGGACUAUUGUGGUGCAAUGGAUGCUGGGUGGAAGGCGUAUUAUCUUCCUCGUGAAGAUGCUGAAGCAGGUAUUCCUGUGCCUGAGGGUACGAAGACGAUCAAUUCGUUGUUAGAUCUUCUACCAGAGUUGGAGGGCAAGUGAACUUAGGUAAUGAGUCCAUAGAUGUAGAUACAAGUGUAAAUAUACCAUCAACAAUUCGAAGACAACCCAAGGUAUGUGUGUACGCCUAUCCUAACGCCAGCUUAAACAAAACGCUCAAUUCGUCAAUUCUUCAAUCCCACUGCCCCGUUCCGCCCAGAGCUCCCAGUCCGUUGCCCG